AUGGCCCUCAUAUCCAACGCCAUUCUCGCUGUCCUGAUCCUCACCGCCACGGCCAUCCUGCUUCCGAAGCUAACAGGUGCUGUGCUCGGUCUGGUCUUUCGGGGAGUGGGAUGGCUGAUCUUGAGGCGAACGCGGUCUCGCCGUGAAUACGUGAUCGCGCGGGCGCGAUCUGAAGAGCAGGAGUCCCGCGUCCCGCAGCCAAAUGUGUCAACAAGCUCACUGUCGCGGAACGGCGCAGAAGACGAGGACUGGGAGAAGGUGGACAGCUUAGGCCCUGGCGGCAUACAGACUGCGACUAGCAGUGAGAGCAGUGGUAGUGCUGGAGGAAAUAAGAACUCGGAUGACUGGGAUGGGAUUAUUGGGUUCUUCCACCCAUUCUGUAAUGCCGGUGGCGGUGGAGAACGAGUACUUUGGGAAGCAGUGCGCGCAACACAGAAGCGCUGGCCAAAGGCCAUUUGCGCCAUCUAUACAGGUGACCAUGAAGUCAACAAGGCUACUAUGCUUGAGAAGGUAGAGAACCGGUUCAACAUUCAGCUUCAUGCGCCGACAGUUGUGCUUCUAUACUUGACAACUCGCAAGUACGUUGUGAGCAGCUCAUAUCCGUAUAUGACACUGCUCGGACAGUCGCUCGGAUCACUGAUUGUUGCCUAUGAUGCCUUCACACUCCUUGUACCAGAUGUAUUUAUCGAUACUAUGGGCUAUGCGUUUACCCUUGCGCUGUGCAAGUGGCUCUUCCCCACAGUGCCUGUUGGCGCAUACGUCCACUAUCCGACCAUUUCAACCGAUAUGCUUGCCUCGCUCGACGACCAGAGUGGAGUGCAGGGUAUCAACUCUGGCGCUGGAAAGGGCUGGAAGGGCAAGAUCAAGCGUCGAUACUGGCAGCUGUUCGCAAGACUGUAUGGCUGGGUAGGCCAGCAGAUCGAUGUGGUCAUGUGCAACUCGUCCUGGACAGCAGCGCAUAUCCGCUCACUCUGGGGCACCGGAAACGAGAACACUAGCAACGGCGAGGGCACAGCAUCGUCGCCGGCGGUGGUGUUCCCCCCAACCGCAGUGGCAGAACUGGAAUCCACCAUUGCCGUCGACGCAGAGAGCGAGAAAACCCGCCAGCCCGUUCUACUCUACAUUGCGCAAUUCCGGCCAGAGAAGAACCACCCCCUGGUCCUGCGCUCUUUUGCACGAUUCUUACAAGAACGAGCCAACAAUCCAGCCUGCGCGGGUCAACCUGAACCACGCCUCGUACUGAUCGGAUCAGUCCGCCACGCCAGCCCGGACGAAACACACAUCUAUAACCUGCGGCUGCUAGCGCACGAACUCCGCAUCCGCGACCAAACCACAUUCUUAUGUGAUGCCCCCUGGCCAGCCGUGUUAUCCCACCUCGGCACCUCCUCCGUCGGCGUCAACGCCAUGUGGAAUGAGCAUUUCGGUAUCUGUGUCGUCGAGUACCAAGCCGCAGGUCUUAUCUGCGUAACCCACGACUCGGGCGGUCCCCGCGAAGACAUCGUCAUUGACCUCGGCGACGGUGCUACGGGUUUCCGGGCUGAAACAGAGGAGCAGUUUGCUGCUUCCUUUGAGGCUGCUCUUGCUCUUCCAGAGGCGGAGAAAAUUGCUAUGCGCCAGCGGGCUCGUCGUUCGGCACGCCGGUUCACUGAGGAGGAAUUCUCUCGUAAAUGGCUGGAACAGGUGAAGAAGCUUGUUAGUAUGCGGUAG